AUGAAAGCCUUCAUCGUUUAUUGCGCUUUGGUAGCCUGUGUAGCUGCUAGCGAUUUGAAACGAGACAAGCGUGGCUAUCUGAGUGGUGGUCACUCACUUGGUGGUUACAGCGGUGGAUACAGCAGUGGUGGUUACAGCGGUGGUGGUUACAGCAGUGGUGGUUACAGCAGUGGUGGUUACAGUAGUGGUGGUCUUGGCGGAUAUGGCGGAUAUGGCGGAUACUCUUCAGGUAAAAUUGUCUCCGUCAAUAAAGUCGUGAAUGUCCAACGUGUAGUCGAAGAACCUCAGAUUGUGAGUGUGCGCAAAGUAGUUUCGGUGCCUCAAGUUGUGACAGUGAAAAAGCUGGUGGCCGGUCCAAGCUACAGCAGUGGCAUCAGCUCUGGCUAUGGGUCGGGCUCUGGCCACGGAUGGAGUUCCGGCUCCGGCUCCUCCGGUUGGUGG